CAAACUAUGAGUGAUGCUAUGUUAGAAAGCCCAAAUAGAAAUGAAAACGAAAAUAACACUUCUGAAAGAGAACAACGUCGUUCUCUCACCCAAACAAUUAGUGAUGCUGCAGAUUCAACUAGGAAUUUUAUAUCAAAUGCUUUAGGUCUGAGACAAGAACAGGAUAAUAUGAGUACUCCGACACAUCUUCGAACUGAAAAUUAUUCAAAUGUUCAUACGCCUCGUAAUCUUUUGUCUCCCGCAACCGUGGCUUCUUCUUUGGCGACUCCUAGAUCGAUAUCAUCACCGAGGACUCCACGUAGAUCACAAAUAUCACAUGAUAAUACGCCGCGAAAAUCACAAACUUCUACACCACGUAGACGAAUCAAUACCAAUCCUGAAAACUUAGCUGAAAAUCCCGAUAAUGAUCUCUUGAAAGAGUAUUAUGAGGGAAUAAAAUCUGGCUCAGCUACACCAAGGACCCCAAGAAGGCAACAACGUCGUGGUGAUAUUCACAGCGCUCGUUCUGCUAAGCGUCUCAUUGAUCUCGAUAUCCAAAAAGGUGACGAAGAUGUGACGAUGCUCGAAGCUGAAGAAAAGAUAACAACGGAUCAGAUUUGGGGCACCACUAUUAAAGUUGAAGAAGUUAGAAAAAGUUUUAAAAAAUUUCUCAAAGAAUUUAAAUUGUCAGAUCUGAGUCGUAGAAAUGGAAGAUCUGAUGAUGACCCAUUUUACAUUGAAUAUUUGAAAAUUAUUGAAAGAACAGAAGAAUUUAAAUUUAAUCUAGAUACUCAAAAUCUUCUCGCGUUUGAAGAUACACACAAAUUAUAUUAUCAAAUUGUGCGAUAUCCUCAAGAAAUAAUUCCGAUACUUGACUAUGUUGUUGCGCAAAUGUACACAGAACUGCAUGAAAAGGAACCAAAAGAAGAUAUAAGAGUUCGUCCUUAUAACCUUGGAAUUUCUAAAAAUAUGCGUGAAUUGAAUCCAUCGGAUAUUGAUCAAUUGGUCUGUAUUAAAGGUCUUUUAAUUCGAUCAUCUCCUAUUCUUCCCGAAAUGGCUGUCGCUUUCUUUCGAUGUUCAAUAUGCGAUAAGUCUGUUGAAGUUGAAGUAGAUCGUAGCAAGAUUGAUGAGCCAUCCAGAUGUCCUCGAAAGCAAUGUAAUUCAUCCGGUACAAUGGUUUUGAUUCACAAUAGAUCUAUUUUUAAAGAUAAACAAGUAUGUCGAUUACAGGAAACGCCAGAUUGUAUUCCUGAUGGUCAGACUCCACACACUAUUUCUUUAUGUUUAUAUGAUAAUUUAGUUGACAUUGCACGUCCUGGUGAUAAGAUCGAGUUAACCGCUAUAUAUCGGUCAUCUCCAAUUCGUGUCAAUAAUCGACAACGCACAAUUAAGUCUUUGUUUAAGACAUAUCUUGAUGUUGUGCAUAUUAGAAGAUCUGAAAAUAUUCACGAAAAUGGAGAUAAUGAUUUUACGCAAAUAUAUCAUGGGCUUGAAGAUGAAAAUAAGGAAGUAGAAAAUGUACAAGAAGGAUUUAGUCAUGAUCAUUUUAGUCGUGAUCAAAAACGAAAACAACUAACAUUUACAGAGGCUGAUAUACAAUAUUUCAAAGAAUUAUCAAAAAAUCCUCUUUUAUAUGAAACUCUUGCACAUUCUUUAGCCCCUAGUAUUUUUGGAAUGGAUGAUGUGAAAAAAGGUAUUCUUUUGCAAUUAUUUGGUGGCACUAAUAAACUAUUUAGGAAAUCUGGUUCACCACGUUUUAGAGGAGACAUAAAUGUUCUUUUGGUCGGUGAUCCUGGUACUAGUAAGUCACAAAUGCUUCAGUACGUACAUAAAAUUGUACCACGUGGGAUUUAUACCUCCGGUAAAGGUUCAUCUGCUGUUGGUUUAACGGCAUAUGUGACAAGAGAUCCGGAUACGAAACAAAUGGUUUUGGAAAGUGGUGCAUUGGUUUUAAGUGAUGGUGGAGUAUGUUGCAUUGACGAGUUUGAUAAGAUGUCAGAUGGUACACGUGCCGUUCUUCAUGAAGUAAUGGAACAACAAACAGUCUCGGUUGCAAAAGCAGGAAUUAUUACUACUCUUAAUGCACGAACAUCUAUUCUCGCUUCUGCUAAUCCUAUUGAUUCAAAGUAUGAUCCAAAGAAAUCUAUAGUGAGAAACAUCGAUUUACCACCAACUUUAAUGUCUAGGUUUGACCUCAUUUAUCUUGUACUGGAUAAGAUUGACAAACAGGCUGAUUGGGAACUUGCAACACAUUUAGUAUCUUUAUAUGCUGAAGAUUCUCCUUUCUCAGCUAGUGUCAAUAUUUUGCCUGUUGAAACCUUAGCAAAAUAUAUUCACUACGCUCGUAUUCAUUAUAAUCCAAUCAUUGGAAACGAUGAAGCGCAUAAAGCAUUAGUUGAUGCAUAUGUAUCUUUACGAAGACUAGGGCAAGACCCGCGUUCUUCAGAAAAUAUAGUUACAGCAACUACUAGACAAUUAGAAUCUAUGAUUCGAUUAGCUGAAGCCCAUGCUCGUAUGAGGUUGUCGAAUACUGUUGAAAUGGCUGAUGUUGAAGAAGCUGAACGACUUCUUAGAGAAGCUAUAAAACUUUCAGCCUUGGAUCCCGAGACUGGAAGAAUAGAUUUAGAUUUGAUUACAACAGGACAUGGAAGCUAUGAGAGACGUUUGUUAACUGUUAUGCGCGAAGCAUUCCAAAAGAUGCUGAAUCGUCGAAAUAUAACGAGUAUCAAUUGGAAGAAGGCAUUAGAAGAUUUUAACGAACAAUCUGAUGUAAAAAUUAACGAAAAACAAUUUGAGACCAUGGUAAAUUCUUUAGAACAAGAAGGAAUAUUGAGACUGGCCGGAAAUGGAAAUGAUCGCGAAAUAAUAACUUUAAAUGAAGAUGAUGAGUAAAUGCUUGUAUAAAAAAUAUUCAAUAAAUAAAAAAAAAAAGUAAUUUUUGUC